AUGGCAGAACCUGGGACCCUACCCCCUGGCUUUGAGGAGCUCGAAGUGCUGGCUGUAGGCACGGUACUGCUGGUGGAAGCGUUAUCCGGCCUCAGCCUCAAUGGCCUCACCAUCUUCUCCUUCUGCAAGACCCCGGAGCUGAGGACCCCCAGCCACCUGCUGGUGCUGAGCUUAGCUCUGGCAGACAGUGGGAUCAGCCUGAAUGCUCUGGUGGCAGCCGUGGCCAGCCUCCUCCGUGUUUCCUGCAGGCGCUGGCCCUAUGGCUCCGAUGGCUGCCAGGCUCACGGAUUCCAAGGCUUUGCCACGGCACUGGCCAGCAUCUGCGGCAGCGCGGCCAUCGCCUGGGGGCGCUACCACCACUACUGCACCCGCAGCCAGCUGGCAUGGAACACGGCCGUUUUGCUGGUACUCUUUGUAUGGUUGUCUUCUGUCUUCUGGGCAGCCCUGCCCCUCCUGGGCUGGGGCCACUAUGACUAUGAGCCUCUGGGGACAUGCUGCACCCUGGAUUACUCCAGUGGGGACAGAAACUUCAUCAGCUUCCUCGUCACCAUGGCCUUCUUCAACUUCCUCAUGCCCCUCUUCAUCAUGCUGACCUCCUACAGCCUCAUGGAGCAGAAGUUGGCCAAGAGCGGCCGCCUACAGGUGAACACCACCCUGCCGGCCAGGACGCUGCUCUUCUGCUGGGGCCCCUAUGCCAUCCUGUGCCUGUGUGCAACCGUGAUGGAUAUGAGCACCGUCUCCCCCAAACUGCUGAUGGUGCCUGCUCUCAUUGCCAAAGCCGUGCCCACGGUCAACGCCAUCAACUACGCCCUGGGCAGCGAGGUGAUCCGCAGGGGCAUCUGGCAGUGCCUCCUGCCACAGAGGAGCAUGCGGGACCGAGCCCAGUGA